AUGCGCAUCGCACUGCGGCCCAGGAGUUGCUGCCUGCUGCUAUGCCUGUUGCUGUCAGUGCUCACCCUCAUGCUUCAGAACCUGUGGAUCCCCCCAGAUAUGGCCUCAGACAAGCCCCCGGGACUAGAACCCGCAGGUCAGCAAGGCCCUCGGAACAGCGUGCGCAGGCUGGUCUUGCGCCUGGAUGCCCUCAGCUCCCAGAUCCAACACAUGAACCAGGAGAGGGGGAGCUCAGCUCCAUCGAAGGAGGACCUCACGCUCUUCUUGCAGCGUUUCAGUAACAACCACGAGAACCUGGUGCGCUCUUUGGAGAGGGAGCUGCUGCACAUGUCUCGGAAGCUGGAUCGGCUCCUCCAGAAGGCCCCUGCGUCGCCGCCCUACGACCCUGCUUCACAAAGAGGUAUACCUCAGGUGUGUCAAGUGCCGGACAAUCCCGCUUUUCCUCUGUGUGCUGGGAAGGUGGAGUUCCUGCGCACCAGCUGGCACGCCGAUCCUUGCUACGCCUUCUACGGCGUUGACGGCUCCACCUGCUCCAUACUGGCUUACCUGAGUGAAAGAGAGGAUUUCUGUCCCCCGCUUCCUGACAGCAGCCCCAUCGCCCGCUCCUGGAACGGGCGGCCGACGCGUCACGAAGAUCAGGCCGUUAUACAGAACGACUUAGGUCCGCUGUAUGAGCUGAUGAGAGAUGACAGCAGUCCUGCAGUGCAAUUCAUGAAGUCCAGGAUCGAAAGGCUCGCCUCCAGGUGGACGAUAGCGGGGGAGAGAAUGAGGCAGAAGGUCGCACUGAGAACUCCCAGUCAGCUGAGGGUGUUGCUCUACCCAGGGGUUCUGGCAGGAGCUGGAGGGCAGCGGUUAGCCAGGAUGGUGGAGAAGGGUGGUCCCCUUGGGGAGCUGGUCCAGUGGGCAGACAUUAGUGCCUCCUUCUUCAUCCUGGGUCACAAGCUGACCUUCACCAUCUCUCAGGAUCACCUGCACAGUCUGAUACGGGCGGCGCCGGGCAGAGGGAGUUGUCCCAUACAGGGCCCCAUUCCCUUCGACCUCAUCUACACCGAUUAUCAUGGCUUAGCCCAUCUGCGAGGAGCCAUGGGGUUGUCCUUCCAGCACUAUCAGUGCCGCUUCCGAAUCCUGGACUCAUUCGGUACGGAACCUGCCUUUAACGUUGGGGAAUACGCACGCAAGCGGGGAUACACCACCAUGUGGGGCAGCUGGGGUUUGCAGCCUCUGCAGUACAUGACCAUGUUCCCUCAUACUCCUGACAACUCCUUCAUGGGCUUUGUGAGCGAGGAGGUGGGGGAUGGAGAGGCGAGCCGUUCUCAAAGGAAGGAAAACAUUGCAGUCGUCUACGGGAAACAGGCCUACAUGUGGCAAGGCAAGGAACGGUAUCUCGAGAUUAUUAGCCGGGAGCUGGAGAUUCAUGGAACUGUGUACCAGCGGGAUGGACAGCCCUCUCCGCUGCCCAGUUUCGUCACCAACCACGGCUUGUUGGCCCAAGACCAACUCCAGCGGCUGCUGAGGAGAGCCAAGCUCUUUGUUGGCCUGGGGUUUCCAUAUGAGGGUCCCGCACCCCUGGAGGCCAUCGCGUUGGGAUGUGUGUUCCUCCAGCCUCGCUUCCACCCUCCCCAUUCCUCAGUAAACAAUGACUUUUACAAGGGGAAGCCCACGAUGCGGGAGGUCCACUCCCAGCAUCCCUACACCGAGGACUUCAUUGGAAAGCCCUAUGUGUGGACUGUGGACAUGGACAACACGACUGAGGUUCAAGAAGCAGUCAGAGCUAUUCUGAGCCUGAAGGUGGAUCCUUUCAUCCCUCAUGAGUUUACCUGUGAAGGGAUGCUGGAGAGAGUCUAUGCGUACAUCGCUCAUCAGGAUUUCUGCAGUUUGUCCGUCCCCAGCUGGCCUUCGGAGGACAACCUGGCCAUGCGGCUGGGUCCCCUAGGACAGUCGUGUGUUGCUGUGUGCCGGCACACUGCUCUCAGGUGUGAACCAGCUUUGUUCCAUCACCUCAACCAUCCCACUGCCUUCCAGAAACUGGGACUGACGUGUGCCAGCACAGAGCAGGAGGUGGACCAUCUGUUCCCAGCCUACAGCCCCUGGGGCCGCCGCUGCUCCCUGCAGCAGGACAGCUUGCUGUACAGUUGUGCAGGUGGCCACCCCUCGUACCGCAGGCUCUGUCCCUGCAGGGCCUUCCAGCCUGGACAGGUGGCGCUAUGCCCUGGCUGCCUAUAGAAGGGCAGAGACAUAUAGAAGGUACUGGAAGAAAGCGUGACUCUGGAAACUCAGGACAGUGAUGCAAGAUGUUUUGAGCGAAGGAGCAUCUUACUUUCGGCGGGAAGAGAAUUCUGGAAGAGUUGGAUACCUCGCCGCUGCACCAUGAUUACACUUAA